AUGGAUGAUGGCUAUGAUGGUGACGAUGAGACCUCUGAGGAGGAGGAGGAGGAGGAGGAGGAGGAGGAUUGCAUGGAGGGAUCCGAUGAAGUGGAUGAGGAGGGCGAGGAGGGCCCUGAUGGCGAUAAGGGGGAAGAGGACGACGAGGACGGUGCCGAGGACGAGGGCGAGGAGGAUGAAAAUGGAGUCGAGGAUGACGAUGAGGAGAAGGAUGAAAACAAAGUCGAGGAUGAUGAUGAGGAGGAGAAGGACGACGACGACUGUUGUAGCCCAGAUUGGGACGAGUUUAAGUUGAUGGCUAACUACGAGGAUGACAGCAGCAACGACAACCCAAAUUGGGAUGAGCUUCAGUCAAGGGACGAAAACAUAGAUAGUGGCAACGAUGACUAUGGUGAUACCCUGGCAUCUAGGAGAAGGAAGUUAGAGUAG